AUGGAGGUGGGCUUGGCAGAUCAGCGAUCUCUGCGAGGCCGAGGCCGCCCUGCGGCCCAGCCCCAGGAGGCGGCACCUGCUGCAGCGCCUGCGGCUCCAGAAGUGCACUGGUUUGAAAGGAUCCGAGAUGGACGGCAGAUCGGAUACGCCAACAAUCGAGACGCAGCUGCGAGUGAGACCCCCGCAGCAGGCGCACCGCAGCCGUCGCAGCCGUCGCAGCCGUCGCAGCCGUUGCAGCCGUUGCAGCCGUCGCAGCCGUCGCAGCCGUCGGAGACAGGGAACGCAGGCCAAGAAGCAGGCGCCUCGUGGCCAUCACACAUCCGAGCCCCACUGGCGGAGAGCACAGGGCGAGAUACAGGUCUCGCUAGCCCUCCCUGGCACCAAGCCGCAGAGACUGCUGGGCAAGGCCCGCAACGGGGUUGGACCGAUUUCUGGGGUGAUCAGCCGCCGAACCCGAGUGGCAUGGUGCAGGCGGGCGCAGUCGAGCCCUCCGCGAGACCAUGGGAGGCCGGUGCAUUCCAGACCGCUGCACCUGCACCUGGGGAUUGGAGCACGACGGCCAACAUGAGUCCCCCCGCCAGGACCAUGGCGCCCGAGCAGGUCGAAACGCCUGCAGAGCCUGCGCCUGCAGAGCCUUUGGAGCCCUGGGAGACCUCCUGGGAGACCUCGCAACCAACCCCGGAAGAGCCCUGGGAGACUUCGGCAAAGUCCCGGGAGCCUUGGGACGACUGGGAGGACCACGUGCACCAUCCUGGCCCCCUGUCGGCCGUUCCGGAGACGGCCACGCCCAGCAGCACCCAGCCACAGAGCCAUCCGGGGUCGGCCCAGGAUCCUGCUAGCCAGAGGGGUUCACCAGUGCGACCUGCGCCGAGCGCGAUCCGGCCCUCGGACGAUGCUUGGGCAGCCGAGGGUCUACAGCCUCAGACUGCCGAGCAGACUCAUGCAAGUGAAUCGGGAGGUGCCCCAAGGACACCGGUUGGGCCUCCAGCCCAGUGUGUCAAGACCUUCCGUGGGGAUGAUGCCAACUUCGUUCCCGUGGAGUGCGGUGAUCGCAUGGUCCUCACCCAUCCAGAGCAAAACGACCUCUUCGGCGGCCACAACCUGCGAACCAAACAGGAGGGGUGGCUGCCGAGUAACGUCGUGGGCCUGCCGCCAGAGGAUCGAGAUCCGGCGUCGGCUGGGCCUCCUCCAGCGGCGGACCCGGUGCUUAACGGCCAUCCGCCAGCCGGGCAGCCUGAUCCCGGGGAGAAGGAGCCCGUUCCCGUGCGUGUGGGUAUGACCGUGAUCAACAGCAACGGCUAUUCAGGGACGGUCGUCGAAGACUCGCUUGACGAGAAAACCUUCAAAGUGAUGUUCGGACAAGGGAAGGUGUGGUCUUGCAACAUCCGCCGGUGCACAGAUGAAUGGGGCCAUCCCCUUGAGGUCACCAAGCCAGUUCUGAACGGCCAUUCCUCUACUGCCGACCAGGGUGAGGCACCUGUGCAGAACGGAGUUCUGAACGGGAACGCUGCCAGCCACAGCCUUUACAGGGAGCCUCGGCAAGACAAUCGCUGGGAGACCUUCACGGAUCCGAAUUCCAACAGCCUCUGGUUCUGGCAUUCAGAAUCGAAGGAGUGGUUCUUUGGGCAAAACCCGCCUGCCGGCUGGACGAGGUUCAACUCGGAAGGCUUGCACUGGUGGUGGCACGAGGAUACCCAGACUUUCUUCUUCGAGAAGUCGGACAAGCCGGGAAACGUUGGCGGCUCAUGA